CAUUAUUUGACACUUGUAACUCUACAAAUUCCCUUUGAUUCCACCUCUACAAUAGAUCAAAAUUUAUUUGUCGAACUAUGUUUUCAACCUGCAAAUUGCAAUGGGUUCAUAACCCGUAGGUGACGUUAAUUAAUUUUAUUUAUUUAUAUGACAUAAAAAUUGUACAUUUGUAUAGUGAUAAGUAUAAAAUCUGUGUUUAUUUUUAUCAAUUUUUAUUAAUAUUGUUCAUGAAUAAGAAAUAAUGUCCUUCGAGUACUUGCCCGUGGCUGAAGACGAAAAUGAAGAACCCAUAGAAUUACCAAUCGAAGAUGAUGGUACGUUGAUGUUAACUACCGUAUCGGCGCAAUUUCCGGGCUGUUGUGGCCUAAAAUAUCGUCACCCUGAAACAAAAAUCAUCAGGGGUAUCAGAUUAAGAGAGGGCAGAUUGUACCCACCCCCUGAAGGAUGGGGUAAUCAUUUGUACAUAUGUAGCUUUCCUAAAGAAUCUAAGCGUAAACCGGGCGAAAACUCCGAAUCUGCUGCGACGAAGAACAAGCGAAAUGACAAUCUGUGCUCCGAUUUGAUAGUACUGGGGCUGCCAUGGAAGGCCACAGAGCAAACUGUGCGUGAAUAUUUCGAGAAGUUUGGUGAAGUUUUAAUGGCGCAACUAAAAAGAGACCCUAAAACUGGAAUGUCGAAAGGUUUUGCCUUCAUUAGAUUUGCUUCUUAUACUUCUCAGAUGAGAGUGCUUGCUCAGCGGCAUAUGAUUGAUGGAAGAUGGUGUGAUGUUCGAAUACCUAACUCAAAAGAAGGAUCAGUUGCAUCUAUGCCUUGUAAAGUGUUUGUUGGCCGCUGUACAGAAGAAUUAACAGCUAAUGACUUGAGAGAAUACUUCUCACAGUUCGGGGAAGUAACUGAUGUGUUUAUUCCUAAACCAUUUAGAGCCUUCAGCUUUAUUACAUUUUUGGAUCCUGAGGUUGCUCAAAGCCUCUGUGGUCAAGAUCAUAUAAUUAAAGGAGUGUCUGUAAAUGUUUCUAAUGCCUCUCCUAAGCAAAACAAAAGUGGUUCUAAUCAGCGCUCUAUGCCUGGCCGCAACUAUGAAGAUGGGCACCCACACAAUGCAUCAAACAACAACUCAUGGAGCAGCCGCAAUAUGGAUAUGGUGAACAUGCAAGCUUUGAGUUUAUCAGGACAACAUGGUCAAACUGCAGUUGCUGGCGGUGGUGGGCAGGCUCAAGGUGGGAGCAUGCCCCUGGGGAUGGGAGGAUUGCCAGUAAAUCAAGCUCUAGUGGCAGCUGCAUUAAAUCAGGCUGCUGGCUGGGGUCUCAUCAACAACAUACCGUCCGGGGGUUCUGAGCAGGGCGCAUUUGCUGGUCCAGCUUCUUCUGCGCCGCCUGCUCCACCCAACUUCCUUUCUUGGAUGCAACAAGGUAAUUCUGCACAGGGACCCUCUAGUCAGUGGGGACAACGGCACCAGUCCCAAGGCCACUCUGUUUGAUCUAUCAUCUGGUUGAAAGCUCACAAUAAUUUCUGUGAUUGUAGCAACAAUUAGAUAAUUUAUCAUUUGUUUUAUCUACACUAUACAAAAGGGUUGUUCUAAUGGUAAAGAGAGUGGUUUAAAUACAUAGUUUGCUACUGAUGUUAUUUAUUUAUUGUGGAGUUGCUUGUGUUUCGUUGAUUUAUUCAAACUUAUAUAAUUAUAUUAUAAAUAAAGUAGAUUACAGUAUCAUGGAAUGAACAUUACACACUAGAUAAUUUUUAUAUGUACAUUACAUACAUAUAAUUAGUCUUGUGCUUAUAUUUAUCAAUUUGUGAUCUAAACAAUUUACAAUAUCUAUCAUACAUUUGUGAUUGUUAUAGUUCCUUUGAUUAAAAAUGUAAUAAUAACUGCAUAAUUUGAAGACAAAUAAUAACUGCUGAUGUGGGUGCUCAUAAUUUUUAUGAUCAUAAUACUUAUUAAUAAUUAUAUUUACUUGUUUAAAAACUCUUUAAAACAAGCCAGAAUAUGAUUAAACUACUUGAAUUUGUGAAAAUCUGAAGUUGUAAAUCCAAAGUGGUAUGAUCAAAAUGACUUGCAUUUUAUGGCAACAAGUAUUAAAAUUUGCCAUUAAUGUUACAGCAAUAGAUGUAAAACUGAUAUAAGUAACAAUUGUAAUAAUUUUAGGUCAAAUUAACAAAACAUGGGUAUUCAUCUCAUCUAAGUGUGCUUUUAUUAUCAAAUGUUUUGUAAUCGUGAUUAUCUAGAUUACACAAACAUACUUAACUGAACAAUGAAUAUCACUAAAAUUGUGAUCAAGAUAUUUUAGUCAUCUGUUAAUGUCUGGGCCACUAUGAAACAUACAAUUUGCUUAUUCUAGAUAUGUUUUAUUUUUGAACUAUAUUUUUUACUUAUGUUUUUAAGUAUUUUUCUUAAUAUAUAGAUUGGCAAUAAAACCAUAAUGCAAUCUAUCGUUUUGUACAACUUACAAAUCAUCUUUAUGUAAGUUCAAACGAAAAACAGAAUAUUUACAAAGGAUAUAGGUACAGAACUCUGUGUUCAUAUCUUGACAGUUAUUUCAUACUAAAUAAUUUAUAUAAAUAAUACCAUAGUUUGCUUUCCACUUAAAAAAAGCAAAAGUAUUUAUAUAAAAAGCUUUUUUGGAUCACAAAAUGAUAAAAAUAAAUGCACCAAUAUGCUUCCGAACUCAACAAGACCGCAAAUACUAGACAUUGCACUUGUCAAAUAUUAAUUAGUGUGGAAUGUUCCUUGCAUAUCAUUCUGUAUCUGGAUUUUAAUAAAAUAUUGUCAUUAGAGUUUUGUUUUAUGGUGUACUGCACUUGUAGCCCAUGAAAUAUUUAUUUAAUUAUGUUAUCAAUAUUCUGUAGUUUUUAUAAAUAAUAAUUAUAUUUCGAUAAAGGACCUACCAAGGCCUUUAAAAAAAUUCAAGUUACCAUUAUGAAGAAUUCAAGCUGUCAUGAAUAUUAAGAAUUUAUAUACUUAACAAAAGCUUAAAGAUUAAGAAGAGCAGCAACCAUCUAAUGUUUCGCUUUUCAAAUAUAACAUUUUGUUAUAAAAAUAAUCUAGAUUUUGUAAUACACAUCACUGCAUAGUUAUUUGUACUAAUUUAAGAAAAUAUUAAUUUUUCUAACUGAAAUUCGCAUACAAUUUAUCAAACUUAAAUCUGUCUAGAUAUAAAUUACAGCAUGAAUACAGUGGAAAAUUCUACUAAUUUAUUUUGCUUUAAUAAAUAUUAAAUGUAUGUCGCAAUAAUCGGACUGUCUUCGGAUUGGAUCUAUGCAACUUCAGUGCUAUUAAUAUGAGUGUAAUAGAAAUAAGUGUACUGUGCUUUUGUACAUUAAUAGGUAAAUGAUAUGAUUUAACAGCAGACUGUUGAGAGUUCAUACAUUGUAUAGUAAAAAAUAGAAAUCUAUUGAUUGUUAUCAUUGUUUAACAAAUAAUGUUGAUUAUUAUAAAUUUAUUGUGUAUGUUUCCUCAGGUGGAUGUGGGUAUGAAAAUUGUAGGCAGAUGUCUAUUUUUGACGAAAUAAAUAGUUAGAAUAUUUUUGUUACUAAGCAAUGUGGGAUUGUUUACUGAAUGGGUAUACAUAGACUUAGCUGUAGCGCACUGAUCCAAUAGCCACUGUAAAUAACAUUUAGAAGAAAUUGGAAGGAUGUUUGUACAAAUUGCAAGACUGUAUAUACCUAAAUGAGAUGAUAAUACGACAUCUAUUACAAAAUAAUUAUAAAUCUCUAAGGAAAAGAUAAACAUACGUUAAUGACAUAAAUUUCCUUGCUGCUGCAACAUUGCAGGUCAUGUUAAAAGCAUUACGGCCAUACAGAGAUCCGACAAAACUAAACAUGAAUAUCGCAAUUGUCUGGGUAAUUUUAAUACGUAGUAAAGUAGUAUAAGAUCAAGUAUAGUUAAAUACAACCUCAACAAUUUGCUAAUUGAAACGGCAGGAUAAGUGUUUGAUCAAGGAAAUGCGAUUGUUGGAUCAUACAUCGUAAUAUGACUAUUUCCGUAUGUUUGUUUUAAAUUCUGUUAACAAUAAAAGAGCUAGCGAUUUUUUCUAAAAAAAAACUCGGUCAAAUAUUUCUAUGUACUGGAAAAAAUGUUACAUACGUUAUGUAUCGUCGUUAAAUACAAAUUAUAAAAAGAUAUAUUUAUUUUUACAAUUGACUAGAUACAGAUUUAACUUUAUUUCAGUCAUAAUAUUACAAAUGUCUGGCUAUGGAGUAGUAGGAUUUAGUAAACUGAAGGAAUCGGCAAUAUUUUCUGAUACAAUAUUUUAGCUUCAUAUGAUAAUGUAAUACGCCUUGCGCCAUUGUUUCUCAUUGUGUAAAAAUAUGUAAUACCUACCUACAUUAGUAGUAGUCGUUGCCCAAACUAUUAAGUACAAAAGGAACAUUAGGAGAAAUAUAUAACCAUACAGAUUAUUUAAUUCCAUUUGCAUAAAAUUUUAUAUUUGUAAAUUUUCUUGUAAAAAAUUAAAUGCUUAUAGUGGUUAUUACAAUAUACGAUUAUUUUUAUUAUUUACUUAUCUUAUUACUUUAUUUGAUGUAUCUAAAUUUUUAACAGGAUCGGAUA